AUGAGGAGCCGUGGCCUUCACACUCGCCUUCGCCAGCUUUCGGUGAAUGACGGAAUUCAUCAUGAAUCCGGUGUUUGCGGCAGUGAGCCGGGUGGGGAAACAUCUGAAGAAAUAUCUGAGCAGUCUACUGAUGGGAUAACUGUCUCAUUGUCUUCCGCGACUUCAACUACGCAGCGGCGCACUAGGGAAGAGCUGCAGGUGGGCACGCACCCGCCAGGUGCAGUCGCCGACAGUGCCCCCUCCAUCGUGAUCUCUAGUGCGCCCGCCGCGAAUCCAGCGGUCUUUCCGAUACCCGUGCUUUUUGGGCCUCUCCCGUCAACACAACCGCAGCUCGUAGUAGUUCAACAGCCCACUACUUUGUUGGUUCCCGGGAGUGCAGAGACACGCUCGUUUCUUGUGCUGUCCAAUCCAAUACAGACGCUGCUCGUCUUUGCCCAGCCUACACCUACCGCAACCUCCGUGCCUGCCAACACUGUUGAGACGUCUUUGCCUCAUCCCCCGGCUGGCCCAGGUUCCGCCGAGCGUGAAGCGGCCGAAGCGUUGCUGCAGCUGUCCGCCGGUAGGGAGGCAGGGGAGCGGCCCGAGGAAGAGCAUCAACCAUCGACGUCUUCUCAUGCAUUGCAGAGCGUCGUCGUUACGCUAAGCCAAAACCCUUUCUCUGCAAGUGCGGGAGCUGGAGUAAUAGGUGUCCAGUCUGGAGGCCUUGGGUAUCCUGUGUCGGCAGAGGAGAGUUUUCUUUGCCAACAUACAUUUUGUCGUCUACCGCUGGUAAAAAUUGGAAGAAAUGUGAGACAGCUUCAACCAUAUGCUGCCUUAUGUGUUGCUUAUGCCACGGUACAGCCGCUCCGGCUGUUGAAGCAGGCGCGCAGCUUGCUUGCAAAGCCCAUUAUCACGGCCAAGGAACUGGAAUCGCUAACAUUUAUUUCUGAGCAGUUAUGCGCCUACAUUGUGUAUGACAAGUUUGACUUAAGCACUUUCCGCAUUGUUCGCAUUGCUGAGUUUUUGUGCUUGCGCUUUCUACUUAUGGACGUUAUCGUUUCGGUGCUUCAGCUUUUGGGUCAGCAGCCGGAAGGGCACUGGUGGGAGCAAGUUAUCGAUAAAGUUCCUCACACGUAUCCGGGCCAGGACAAGCCGCUUCGGCAGUUGCGGGUAAAGCAUUUCUUUUGGAAAAUGCUUCUUCAGGAUGUUAGUCGUGCUUUGCAAGUUUUAAAGGCAGGGAGACGGCCUUCUAACAGAGACUUAGUCAAGCUGAAGCGAAUGAUUUUCUGCUCGAAAAUGGCUCCACGGAAGUUCAGAUAUGGAGCAUUUGAUGUGUGGAGACGUGAUGAUGAACGUUUUUGUUGA